AUGUUAUACACUUCAAAUAAAUGGCUAAAAACUGCCAUAACAGAAAAUCGAAUAAAAUUUUUUGACUUUAAAAGGUUCGUUAAUACAUAUAAAAUUGGCGAGGGCGCGUUUGGUAAAGCACAUAAAGCAGAAUUGAAAAAGACGGAAGAAUUGUCGCCUUAA